GUUGAAGAUGACGGACCUCGUUUUGCUGAAACAAAUGGUGGGUGGUGGAUAGAAUGAGUCUAGAGUGACCAAGCUUCAACCAAUUUGACAAAUUUUUGGUGACCCAAAUGAUUGAGGGUGAGUUGGGGUUGACUAAUUUUGACUGAUUGAUGGAUCAGACGGCUCCCAAGGUUGCAAGAAUUCUGGGAAGUUCGGAAUCGUGGUGCAACUGAAAUGAACUUAAUUGACUGCACUGAAGUGGCAAAGCUGUUUGAUUUCGAAGUAAACAUCGAAAGAUUGGUGAUCCAAAUUGAGGAUUUACAUUCUGGUUUUCUUCCCUGAUGAGUUCUCUUUGAACCACAGUUUCUAGUGGUUGGUCUGUUUGUAGUCGACACUGUUGAAUGACCAUGGGUGUUUCAGGAAAAUGGUUCAAAGCUUUAGUUGGUUCAAAGAAAUCUGAAAAAUCUCAGUCUUCAGAAAAUGAUGAAAAUGCGAGGACAGUCAAUAACAAGUUUUGGCAUCGGAGAAAGCAUUCUGUCGAUAUAGAUGCUGAAAAACUUCAGCAUGAUUUUCAUUCUAAUUUUACCCCAUUUGUUGGAGAGUCCUGCACUCUUUCGGAUCCUGAAGUUGCUACUAUUCUUUCUGAUUCGCUUCAAACAUGUGAUGCAUUGCAAAGUCGUCAGAACAAUAUAGAAGAACAGGCUGCCAUACGCAUCCAAACAAUGUUUAGAGGAUUUCUGGCCAGAAGAGCUCUCCGAGCUCUCAAGGGAUUGGUUAGACUUCAAGCUCUUGUCAGGGGUCAUGCUGUCAGAAAACAAGCUGCAAUAACUCUUCGCUGUAUGCAAGCUUUAGUGAGAGUACAGGCUCGUGUUCGAGCAAGGCGUGUACGUAUUGCAUUGGAGAGUGAAACCGCACAACAAAAACUGCAACAACAUCUUGAAAAUCAGGCUCGAGUUCGAGAAAUUGAAGAAGGUUGGUGCGACAGUGUUGGAUCUGUUGAAGAAAUUCAAACAAAAUUAUUGAAAAGGCAGGAGGCUGCAGCUAAACGUGAGAGAGCCAUGGCAUAUGCUCUGGCUCAUCAGUGGCAAGCAGGAUCAAGACAGCAGGCUGCCCUCUCUCAGUUUGAACCAGAUAAAAGCAGCUGGGGUUGGAACUGGUUGGAAAGAUGGAUGGCUGUUCGUCCAUGGGAAAACCGCUUUCUCGAUAUUAAUCUCAGAGAUGGAGUGAUGAUUCGUGAAGACGGAUCAGCUGAGGCCAAAAGUAACACUAAAUCUCAUCAAAGAACUACUGGCAAGAAAACAAACUUAGUGACUGAUCAAUCAAACCUCUCAAGCCAAAAAACUGCUGCCUCACAUUCUGAUGGAUGUGGUUCAUCAUCACCCUCUAAGUCAGCUGGCACUAUAGAGGUAUCUAGUGCACAGAUUCAAAAGCCCAAGAAUAAACUUGCCCCUGAGAGGCCAUUUGAAGAAGUCAAAUCUAGAGUUGAUACUGGUUUAAGAUCCCAUAGCAAUCCGAAAGAGAGAUCCACACCAUUGGUCAAAAAUGCAAAGAAGCGAUUAUCCAUGCCUAACAAUGUUGCAGAUCCUGGGAGUCAAAAUCAAACCGUCAGGAAUUCGAACAGAACUGCAGGCAAAGUGACCGCUACCAAGUCCAUCAACGACAGACCCAAGUCGAUUUCAAAGAAAUCUGCUAAGCCCGGAUUGCAGAAUUGAUAUGUGAACUAAACGUUCCAAAUGAAAAGGAAAACACUUAAGAGUUAUAUAGUCUAAGGAAAGGUGCUGCAGGAUCGUGUAAAUAUGGCGAACGCCAUGGGCGUGAUCGGGUCGGUCACUAGAGAAUCUGUAUUCCUUUGAAUUUCUGAGUUUAUUUGAGAGUGAGUUGUUGCAAUGGUUGGCAAAAGUCUGAGGGAAUAAGGUUGGGUGAGUCUGUAAUUAUCAUCUUUAUUUAUGGUCUUCAACCAUGUGGCUCUGUGGCACUUCUUAUUCAUUGUUCAAAUGCACUGUCUUCUGAUUUUUUGCUCCCCUGUA